AUGCCCACCAACUACGAAGACCGCAACUACUGGCAUCAGCGGUUUGCGUCUGAGACAUCGUUCGAAUGGCUGGCCUCGUCUGAGCAAUUUCUGGAGCUCUUUGCGCUCUAUCUCAGACCACUUCCUAAAACUGCGAAAAUUCUCCAUCUCGGCUCCGGCACCAGCGACUUGCACAACCAUCUGAGAGAUUGUGGGUUUAGUAAUGUCACAAAUGUCGACUACGAGCCACUUGCUCUCGAGCGAGGUCAGGAGCUUGAACGGAAGCGGUUUGGGGAUGUCAAGACAACCUACAUAGUCAACGACGCGACCAAGAUGGAUCUACCUGACAAGUAUAGAGUCUUUAUCGACAAGUCCACCUCUGAUGCUAUCGCAUGUGGUGGACACCAGGCUGUUUCCCUGCUUGCUGAAGCGAUUCGCCGUCACAUUGAAGACGAUGGCUUGUGGCUAUCACUCAGUUUCUCUCCAUCACGUUACGAAGGGGUUAAAACACUUUUCGAUGUUGAACUUGUCAGCAAGUUGCCAACGCCGAAGCUUAAUCCAUACGAGCCGGACAUCUACUAUUAUGCCUAUGCGCUGAGACCAAAACCUUGA